CCCCAUUCCUCCUCUCUCUCCUUCACUCACUCUCUCUUGUAUUCCAUGGGCAUUACCUCUCUUCAAGUUUGCAUGGAUUCUCCCGAUGACUGGUUGCAGGGAACAAUUUCCGAGGACGGCGGCACAGGAUUGGAAUCUUCCUCACCAAUCACUACACCGACAGGUGGCAGUGGAGGCGGCGACGACAUGCUGGCGUGCAGCCGGCCGCUGAUCGAGCGGCGCCUCCGUCCGCAGCAUGAGCAGUCGUUGAAGUGCCCGCGCUGCGACUCCACACACACCAAAUUCUGCUACUACAACAACUACAGCCUCUCCCAGCCGCGCUACUUUUGCAAGACCUGCCGCCGCUACUGGACCAAAGGCGGCACCCUCCGCAACAUCCCCGUCGGCGGCGGCUGCCGCAAAAACAAAAAACCAUCCUCCAAGAAGCCCUCCUCCUCCUCCGCCGACUCCCCCUCCCCCUCCCCUCUCCAGCCCAGCGCCGCCAUGUCUCCCCACCUCCCCUACGGCUCCACCGACCUCCACCUCGCCUUCCCCGAACAGCUCCACUUCCACGCCUCCGCCGCCGCCGCCGCAUUGUACGGCGCAAACCCUUCCUACAUGCUUGACAAUCCCACCCCAAUUGACUUCAUGGACAACAAAUACGAAGCCCUUUUAGGCGGCAGCGGCGGUGGCCAUGAUGCCUACAAUAUCAACCCCGGCGAGGGCUAUGCAGCCGGAAUGCCGCCUCUCUUCUCCCAGUUCGGAUUCGAUCACGGCAACCAUAAUGUGCUAGAGAGGCUCAUGCUUCCCUAUGAUAAUCAGCUCGACAUCGUUGAGUCCAAGCCUAACUCCAAGAUUUUGUCGUUGGAAUGGCACGAUCAUCAGCAUCAGCACCAUCAUCAGCAGCAGCAGCAACAACAACAACAGCAGCAGCAGGCUUGUAACUCGGAUGCGGGGAAGGAUUCUUUCGGUUAUGGUUUUGGGUCGUGGACCGGGUUGAUGAAUGCAUACGGCUCAUCCGCAACGAAUCCUUUAGUUUAAGUAAUCAUAUGAUCAGUUAUCUUAAUCUAAGUGUUGCUCUUGAAUUAGGGUUUCCUCGUUAUCAUAUGUCUAUCAAAUCAAAUGAGAGCUUGAUUAACUAGGCUAGAAUAGUAACUUUACUCAGUUUUUUUUUGGUGGUUUUAAAUUUGAAUAUGCCUGGGUUCAUGUAUCUUUUGUUCCCACUGUUUUAAUUUAAUUUUUGUAGCUGAGUGUGAAUGGGAAAUGUGGGAGUCUUUGAUCAGUA